UCUGGGGAGGGAGAGACAGAAAUAUUUGGAGUGGCCUCUGAGAGCCCGGCGGGGGCCAGCCGGCAUGGCCAGGCCCCUGGCCUCCCAGGGGUUUGUGGGUGCAGCACGGGAUGGGGGAAGUGGCAGCCGUGGAGGAAGUGAGAGGCCGCCCCUGCCUCCGAGCCCCGCGACCUGGGGAACCCGGAAGCUGCCGUGUUCCGAGCGCCCGAGCCACCGAGGCCACGAUUCCCUGUGCGGAGAAGCAGCCAGGAACCGCUGAGCACAGAGUGAAUUCAGAGCUGUGCUCCAACCACGACACCUUCUGUCCCCCGAACCCUCCAGGGCGGGUGAGGGAGAGGAUGGAGCCGGAGUCCUCCCGCGGCCUGCUGCAGCUCCCCACAGAGGCGCGCCUCCCCACGGAGGGGGAGCUCCCCCCAGGGGAGAAGAAGAAGUACCUGGCACCCGCCUCGCGGAAGGACCCCAGGUUUGAAGAGCUGCAGCAGGUGCUGAUGGAGUGGAUCAACGCCACACUCCUGCCCGAGCACAUUGUGGCGCGCAGCCUGGAGGAGGACUUGUUCGACGGGCUCAUCCUGCACCACCUAUUCCAGAAGCUGGCGGCGCUGCGGCUGGAAGUGGAGGAGAUGGCCUUGACCUCUGCGAGCCAGCAGCGCAAGCUGGCCGUGGUGCUGGACGCCGUGAACCGCAGCCUGCAGGUGGAGGAGCGGCAGGUCCCAUGGAGCGUGGAGGCCAUCUUCAGCAAGGACCUGCUGGCCACCUUGCACCUCCUUGUGGCCCUGGCCAAGCGCUUCCAGCCGGACCUGCCCCUCCCAGCCAACGUCCAUGUGGAGGUCAUCACCAUCGAGAGCACCAGGACCGGUCUGAAGUCGGAGACCUCGGUGGAGCAGCUCACCGAGUGCGGCGCAGACAAGGACGGCCUCCUGGUGAGUGCGCGCAUCACGCAAGGCGCUCUCCUGCACGCUCCCGCUCUCCUGCACGCUCUGACCGUGCACGGGAGGAUGAAGAAGGACGCUGGAUCUCGGCCCCCCACCCCCGCCCCGGGAGGCUUACAGCUGUUUACCGGAUCUGGGUCUGCAGGGGAUGUCUUUGAUGAAUUAUUUAAGCUGGCGCCGGAGAAAGUGAAGGCGGUGAGCGAGGCCAUCAUGACGUUUGUCAACCAGAAGCUGGAGCGCCUGGGCCUGUCCGUGCAGAACCUGGACACCCAGUUCGCAGACGGGGUCAUCCUGCUCUUGCUGAUUGGACAGCUGCAAGGCUUCUUCCUGCACCUGAAGGAAUUCUACCUCACGCCCAGUUCUCCUGCGGAAAGGCUGCACAACGUGACCCUGGCCCUGGAGCUGCUGAGGGACCACGGGCUCCUGCAGCAGCCGGUCAGCCCCGAAGCCAUCGUGAACAAGGACGCCAGGAGCACGCUGCGGCUGCUCUACUGCCUGUUCCGCAAGCACAAGCUGGAGGCGCCCCACGGAGCCCCACGUUAA